AAGGCCUGCACUUCUCCCUAGUUUCUUCGGAAGAGUCAGUGUUUCCGAUUAACCACUUGUAGCUUUGUCUUGCGGUCCGAUCGGACAGGAGAUUUUUGAAAUCUUUGGGGAUAAUCAUACCAAGAAGACAGUCAUGAACCCAAUCCUCGCUGUUACUUGUUUGAUCAUGCUCGCCGUCGCCAUGGCAGCAGGUGAAGCAGUGGGUACUGCCUGCAGCACGAGCGGCGACUGUCCAGCAGACUACUGCUGCGUUUCUCUCGCAAGACCCAUCGGCAAGAAAAGACAAGUCCUCGUGCGAGAAGGAGGAACCUGUCAGCCUCUUGGACAGAAGGCCGAGGGCUGUUUGGUCAGAACGGGUGCAUACAGCGAUACCCAGAUGUACUUCAGUUGCCCGUGUGUCAGUGGCCUCAAGUGCCGGGGAAAUGGAAUGUUCGACAUUCCUCUCGGAGAAACAGGUACUUGCGAGUCUUCAUGAACGGCGAGAAAUGAUAAAAUUCACAAGUUCGGUGGUCGCCAUGUAGGCAGUGCUCCAUACUCACCCUGACACGUGUUUAAGGUCGGCGUCGUCAGUGAAAUAUAAAACUUGAAUGUCACAAACCA